AUGGCGCUGGUGGCGAUGGACCAGCUCGGAGCGGCGACGACGCUGGUGGCGUGGGGGGCUUGGAGCGACGACGCCACGAAGGGCCCUGGCGCGGCCCUGGCUAAGGGCGACGCGGAUCUGGUCGUCAACGCCGCAGCUCGAGCCGAGGCGACCUGGCGACGCGGACAAAGCUGUCCGCCGGCUAGCCAAGGGCAUCACUCCGGGCGGAGGCGGCCUAGCGGCGCAUCUCUCGUGACCCGCGACUCGCGACGGUGGUGCGCACGCCGCCGCUACAUCCAGCUCGCGGGGCGGCGCCUCCUCCACAUCAACAAGCUGCCACUGAGCAAGAGAUAG